AUGCCUGGAUAUGAAGAUUACUGUAUUAUGUUUGGCAAUUCUGGACUUAAAUUAACUCAGUAUAUUACUAGUUUACCACAAUGCCAAUCCGAUGAGAUAAGAGAAUUAGGUAAUGUAUUCAUAGGAAUUUUAAAGUUUGCAAAUCACUUUUUAUCUGAAUUUGUAAUAUUUACGUGUAAUCCAGCUUUUAAAAAAAUUUUUACAAGUUCAUGGAAUGAAAGUUUUAAAGUUUUUCUAGUUACGAUUGAUGACUUUUUGACUGAUUACUCCGUUGUAAUGUCAGAUUUUACAUUCAAUACUUUCUGUAACGAAUUAUGUUCUUGUAUAACUAGCGCUUAUUUCAAAAGAUUAAAUGAAAAGAAUGUUGUUAUUGAUGUUAAUUCAGGUGAAAAUAUCAGAAAUGAUUAUAAUAGAUUGUUAAAGGUAUUUGAUAAGUUUUUACCAUCAGAAAAUCUUGAAGUAGAACUUUCACCACUCAUAAAACUUAUUCCUUUGUUUACUGUUAACGAUCCUGAUAUGAUAAGCUUAGAACUAAAAUCACUAAUUAUGUCAACAGAAAAUAUUGAUAUUAAAAUGAUUGAAAAUAUAAUCACACAAAGAUCAAAUCUUUAUGAAAAGACUAAACUUAAAAUGAUUGAGAAGUUGAGAGUAAUUUAUGAACAGACAGCAAACCAAAAGAAAAAACUUUUUAACUAA